CAAUAGGGCCGAGAGGGUAACUUACUCUUGGAAAAACGUGUUUCAUUUUCGUGUGUGCUUUUUCUUAAUGUGGGAACAAGAGCGUGAUAAGCAUGUCGACAAUUCUGAAGAGAAAACGCAGCGACUUCGCGAAAGAAAUAGAAAGCACUGGAAAGGAAGAGGAAGACUUGUUUGUCGAUGUACCCAUGGAUGAAGACGAUGACGACAGCGACGGCGAUGACAGUGACUUGGAAGAUGACAGCGAUGACGAGCAGUUGGAGGAAGAGAUGACGGACAGCGAGGAGGGUGCCGUCUCUAGUGGUGAGAGUCAGGAUUCGGAGGAGAAUGGUGACAGUGCAGGUGAUGGAGGUGACGAUGUCGGAGAGGAGGAUCGCUCAGACGGGGAUGAUGAGGACGAUGUGGCGGAGCAAGAGACCUCCAAACCCAAGAGCAGAGGGAAGCUUGCCAGACUGACCUGGCAACUCCGACCGCGAAGGUCCCACCUCCAGUCCUCAGUCAAGCUGGACAACGAAACAGCGCCCUCACAGUUGACCCCAGCAGACGACAACUCGGGAGAGUCAGGUGCUGGGACUUCCACAGGCAAAGAGGUCGACGAGUACGAAUUUGACUCUUCAGAUGAAGAGGACAUCAGAAAUACGGUUGGCAACAUACCCAUGGAGUGGUAUGACGAUUACCCCCACAUCGGCUACGAUGUCAGGGGACAGAUGAUCCUACGACCUCCAAAGAGAGACGAACUGGAGGAAUUCCUGGAGAAAAUGGACAAUCCUGACUAUUGGCGCACAGUGCACGACAAGAUGACCGGCCGUGAUAUUGUUUUGCCGGACGAAGACGUGGCAUUCAUACAGCGCAUCCAGGACGGCCGCUAUCCCGAAACAACCUUUGACCCCUACGAGCCCUGGAUCGAUUUCUUCACCCAGGAGAAGAUGAUUCACCCAGUGACGCGGCGGCCAGAGCACAAGCGCAGUUUCAUUCCCUCACUGCUGGAGAAAGAAAAGGUCAGCAAAAUGUUGCAUUCCAUUCGGAUGGGAUGGAUGAAGCCCCGCCAGGAGAAAAAGAAAGACGAAGACGACCGGCCAAAGUUCUACGACAUCUGGAGCAACGAGUCCCAGGUCGAGCUGACCAGGCGCCACCACGCGCACAUCGCCGCGCCCAAGGAGAGGCUGCCCGGUCACGAGGAGUCGUACCGCCCUCCGCCGGAGUACCUGCCCACAGAGGAGGAGAUCAAGGAGUGGAAAGAGGCCCACCCCGAGGAUCGGAAGAUGGACUUCCUACCUCAAACCUUUGACUGCUUCCGGAAGGUACCGGCCUACCGGGAUUACGUACGGGAGAGAUUUGAGCGAUGCUUGGAUCUGUACCUGUGCCCACGGCAACGGAAGAUGAGGGUUCAAGUGCAACCAGAGGACCUCCUGCCCAAGUUACCCAAGCCCAAAGACCUCCAACCGUUUCCAACCACCCAGGCCGUGGUCUACCUGGGCCAUCGGAGCUACGUGCGGACAAUCAGUGUCGACCCCACGGGCCAGUGGCUAGUGUCAGGAUCCGACGAUGAGACGGUUCGUUUCUGGGAGGUGUCGUCGGGCCGCUGCAUGAAGAAACUGGACAUGGAGGGGACUGUUAGGUGCGUGGCCUGGUGCCCCAACCCGGCCGUGUGCCUGGUGGCCGUCUCCGUGGAGCAGAGAGUCCACCUGGUCAACCCCGGGCUCGGGGACAAGCUGGUCGUGUCGGACACGGAUCGGCUGCUGGAGGCCUACGAAGAACCGGAAGAAGCGAAGACGUCGCCGCUGGUGGAAUGGUCGGAGGCUCCCGAAGAGGCCAAAGAGAAGGGUUUCCGACUGUGCCUCAAGCAUUUCAAACCGACAAAGCAGAUUGCCUGGCACGGCAAGGGGGAUUACUUCGGCACGGUGGUCCCCGACGGCGGCCACUCCUCGGUCCUGAUCCAUCAACUCUCCAAGAGACGAUCGCAGACGCCCUUCAAGAAGAGCAAGGGCCUGGUCCAGACCAUCUCCUUCCAUCCGUCCAGACCCUACUUCUUUGUCGCGACUCAGCGCUUUGUGCGCGUUUACAAUCUCCUCAAGCAAGAGCUCACCAAGAAGUUGCUGACGACUGCCAAGUGGAUCUCCAGCAUCGCCAUCCACCCUGGAGGGGACAAUGUAUUGGUGGGCAGCUACGACUGCCGGCUGAGCUGGUUUGACAUGGACCUGUCCGUCAAGCCCUACAAGACGCUGCGUCACCACCGGCAGGCCAUACGGCACGUGUGCUACCACAGACGCUACCCGCUCUUUGCCUCGUCUGGGGAUGACGGGCUGGUCAUCGUUUGUCACGGUCAGGUGUACAAUGACCUUCUCCAGAAUGCCCAGAUCGUCCCCGUCAAGAUACUUCGAGGCCACGAGGUCACCAACAGUCUUGGCGUGCUGGCAUGCGAGUUCCACCCCUCGCAACCGUGGCUGUUCUCCAGCGGUGCCGACGGCACAGUGCGACUGUUCACAUGAGGCUUUAGAAGACGAACCACGGUCUUCGACUGGCACCGUGGAUGUGAACAAAAGAGGGCGCUGUUUUGCAUAGUUGUGCACAGUUUUUUUUUGCUGGCUGUAACACUGAUCAUCAAUAUUCAUUGUUGGACUCUUUAUUUGGGGAACAUUGAAAUUACUGCUUAUUUUUUUCCAAAGAGAACCAUCUUUCUCACAUUUUGAAACCUUUUUGGAAAAAUUAUGUUGAAUUGAAUAAUAUCUUUGUUAACUCACGGUGCCACGGUGCAGGCAGACUAGACCUUAAAGACGGUAUGUCAUCACGGUCACGUGAGCAGGUCGUAGCCAAUGAGAAUGUCUGUGUGGCAAAUGAUCGGGAACAUUUUCAACUUUUAUCUCAUCAUUCAUAUUGAUCGUGGCCCUGUUGAGUGGGAUUUUGACUGAUUCACUCAUUUUUUUAAUUUGUAAUAAAAAUCCACAUGUAAGGGUAUGUGGGGGAAAUUAGGGAGGGGCGGGGACG